AGUUUAUACAUGCCUCUCUGCGAGCGAAGGUCGUAGCGGAGCUAUCAUCGAGUAUACAACUAUUUUUCGUGUUCCCGAAUUAAUAACUUUUCCGGAGAGUGUGUGGUUGCUAAUUGUGAGAUCAGACAACUAAUACAGCAUGGUUACCAGUGAUUCUGUUGCGUGUAUCUUCGUCACAUCGAAGUCUACAUCGAGGACCGGCAUUGUUCGCGGCAUUUAAGGAAUCUUCGUUUGAGGAAGAAAUCGAGGAAAAUUGAUUGGUUGUGGUGGCAAAUGGUGCCAAUUACGGUGGUUAGGAGUGUUUGACAAAGAGUGUUCACGAGAUGAGAAAGGUGCUGGUGGUCGGUGCUGGUCGAGUGGCCAUGGUCUCUAAACUGUCGUUGCUUAGAAGGUAAUCGCAGCCAUGUCGAACAAGACUAAUGCGACGGACGAGUUCCUCGACUACGACAUCAACGAGUCGUUCAGCCGCUUCGACUGGGCGGAACUGGCACCGGUGCUCGUCGUCUAUUCCCUCACGUUCUGCCUUGGAUUAAUCGGAAACGUCGUCAUUAUCGGUUCGACUCUGUGCCCGAGAUUGAGACCCUUACCGGCGACACCGACGAACGUAUUCCUCGGUGGCUUGGCAACGGCUGAUCUUUUGCUCAUACUCUUCUGCAUUCCCGUCAAGGUGGCCAAGCUAUUCUCGUACACGUGGACUAUGGGCCUGUUCCUAUGCAAGUCGGUGCAUUAUAUGCAGAGCGUCUCGGCUAUUUGCUCGGUCGUCACGUUAACCGCAAUGUCGAUCGAAAGGUAUUAUGCGAUAGUUCAUCCAAUGAAGGCGCAAUAUACAUGCACAAUAAGCCAGGCCCGCAAAAUAGUGAUCAUAACUUGGGUCGCGUCAUUCCUCCUCGGUAUCCCAAUGAUUUUCACCCAGACCCACAAAGAGGUCGGAUUGAGGAUAAUUGCUUACUGGUGUGUACGCGACUCAGACGCUGGACUUUUAUGGCGUGCGCAUGAAGUUUACAUGUUGGUCCUGGUCCUGGUUCUACCUCUCACUAUAAUGAUCUUCUGUUAUACGGCCAUUUGCUGGGAGAUUUGGCGAGUGAUGAAGCGCCGAUUCCACAUGACGUCGCGACGCACCUUGAAUCCACCUAUCGUCAAUACGGAAUCGAUACCCAUGACGCAGAGACAGGGCGCGCGGAACUGUAGACGUGCUCGAGAGGAUGGGCAAACCGAGGAGGAGUCUCGAACCAUGAGACAGGUAGUGAAAAUGCUCGUAGCAGUGGUGGUGUUGUUCGUUAUUUGCUGGGGUCCAAUUCUGAUGGACAACAUGCUCACAGCCUACGGUUUUCUGCCACGCGUCAAGAUUGGCACGGUGAAACACCUUAAUACCGCCUUUCAACUGAUGGCUUAUUUUAACAGCUGCAUAAAUCCGAUCGUUUACGGAUUUAUGUCGAAGCACUUCAGGGAGAGCUUUCUGGCGGCUGCCUGCGGCGGGUGGUGGAUCUGCUGCCCGAGGAGGGGCUACGGCGCCCCGGUGAAGAGGCACCCGAGCCUCAGCCAGACCAGGACGACUAGUGUCAGAUUGUUAUGGAUUAAUAUGUAUGAUGCCCUGCGGCAAAAAGUUAAUACUUCUUCUCCUACCGCUUUGUCGCGUGUGUGACUUUCGAUGGCACGAAAAUGACAUGACGGGUUUCUCUGGUCGCCAGGCUGAAUUCUGAAUCUGAAAACGCGAACGGUCUGUACCUUUUCUCAACCAAAUUUCGCUUCUUCUACCCUUUAGCUGCUCCCGGGCCAAUUGUAACUCUUUAAUUUCAUGUUUUUUCAUGUCGUAAACAGCGUCGAAUAUUUAUUUCCAUUUUUACAAAGAGGAACAUGCACUUUAAAAAUAUUACGUAAUCUGAUAGUCUGUGUGAAAGAAUAUUGAAUUGCAAAUUUUUAACGAAGUGGAAAAUGUAUAUGAAUUUUAAACCGGGAAGUCUUUUUCGUUCGAAAUCAAUUUAGCAUCGAACGAAUCUGUGGUCGGAUUUAAUGUAAUUAAUUACUGGAAGCGAGAAGAGCAGCUGUUCUUGUAAUAACAUCGAGUCGAGCGAAGGUAAAUUAGACUUAACGUCUUAAAGUGAUUACCGCAGCUAAAGGGUUGAAUCCACGCGUCGAUCAUAAAGGUAAAGGGAUUGGGCUCUGGACAAGAAAAAUAAAGGAAGAAACGCUGGUUAUCUUUAUUUCAUCUUAACGUUCGACUAAUCAGACCACUGGUUCCUAUCGCCAAAGAAUACAAAGAGCUUUGCCAUCAUGCUUUCGGUUACUGCUUUCGGAAAGCUUAUAAAAGUCUGGCGUGAUCAGGAUGCUCGUCGUUUAAAAACAUCCCAAUACCUAUUCACUUCUAGAAAUCAGAAUUCAUCAUUAAGAAACGAGAUGGCAAUAGAAUUAGUUAUAAUCAAAUAGAAAAAUGUUUACAAUGUCUGCAUAAUAUUUUUUCAAUUAAAUAUACAAUAAUUCUUUAAUAUAAUUAUGUAACUGUUCAGAGUUAGAAAAGAAUCUAUUCUAAUCAGUGAAUAAUUAAUUCAAUUAUUAAUUAUUAAUAAUUCAUUAUUUGAGUCACUUAAUGCAUUUAAUUGUACUACGUUGACUGAGCUUCUAAUUGAAUUCAUUUAGAAUUUAUUCACGUAAUAACGAAAUGGCAAUAAUUAUGAAAAUUACUGCUUCCAUAUUUGGUAUUAUUUUAUUAUUUAUCAGUAGAAACUGUUUUUAACGCUGGUGCUGAUAAAGUGUCUCAUUUUAGCAGCGCGUGCGAAUCGUAAAAAGACUUUAUGCCCCGUUUUUACGUGUCCGGGUUUUACGAAUUCGAAUGAAUUACAUGAAUCGAUUUUUCAAAGAAGUCGUCUGCGCCAGUACACUAUGUAUCUAUGUAUGUACGCGGGGCAAGUAAGUACUGUUCUGCUCUCGGUGGACCUCGAUCUCGGCUUUCAGCUGUAACGCUGUUGAACUUGCGUCUGCCUUAUCGAAUUUAAUAAAUAUUCCCACACCGACUCGCUCCCGUUUCCUAUAAAAUUUAUCCUUGAGUAUUUUUCUUCGGACGUUCCGUGUAUGAAAUUUUCUCUCCCUCGUAAGACAGACGAACGGUGACUCAAAUACGAAACAAGACAAAGCGAUUACUUAACGGCUUUUCACAUUUUUCGGUCAGCGUGUAAUUUUUUUGUUUGUUUUGAACACGCUGUUCAGGUGGAUACAGAACUCUGUUCGCGAGUCGAGGUCCCGAAACUCGGCCGAGUUGUCGCCCGCGACACGACCGUGAAACGCAAAUGAUAUUUGGCAGAAUAGUCCGCAGCAUCCGAUAACUCGCAUUAGUACGAUGAUACUCCUGGCUAGGAGCGCAUAAUUUUUCCUGGAUGGACUUGAUUUUUUUGCUGUGCCCGGCCCACGUUGAGGUAGCUUUUUCACAGGUAAAAAAAAGAGCAACACAAACCCCCGGGGGAGAAGAGAAGCCGAGAAAAAUACUCCCUCGCGGUUUUCCCAGACGAAGACAUGGAAGACUAAAUAGAGUGCUUAAGUUGGUUUUUUAUCUCUGAAGACUCGCGUGCGUAGAAACUCUCGUGAAUACACUCGCGAAAAUUGCUACAUUGCUCAAGCCAUGGGAGAGGCGGAGCUGAAAGAGGGACGCGUCUCUGAAACCAAAAUCGAGGUAUGAGAUCCUCGGUAUAAAUCGGACAUCUUCCUUUGGAAGGAUUUACUCUUCCCUCCUUAAAGAAACAGUGCGUUCGCGGACGACGAAAAUCGUGAAUCGAUAGGGUAUAAAAUAAUAGUAAAAUAUUUGCUCUGCGUAUCUUGGUUGUUAAGUCAAAUUUUAGCUCUCGUAUCGAGCCGCGAAAGGGUGUACAUGUUUCUUUAGGGGACAGGGUUGUUUGCGUUGGGUGCGGUGUAAAUUUUGUUUGAAAAUACCGGGCAUAGUGCGAAAAGCCUCGACCAGUUUAUUGAUCUAUUUCGGUUUGUUUGCCCUGGCUUAAACCUCUCUAUUAGGAAUAUAUUAAAUAAAGAAAUCAUUUAAGGAUGUAUACAUACAUAUAAUAUGUGAGGAGGCGAGGUCGCAGGGUAAUCUCUUUACAAUCGAAGAAAUCGUUCCUAGUUACUCGAUAUUUCCCAUUUUCACUGGAUGUAACUAAUUGUCAAGCUUUGUAAUCUAGCUUAUUUUAUCUAUCCACUUGUACAUACAUAAGUCUGCACACGAUUCUCAUUGAUGACCAGCGAAUAGUGGCUCACAGUCUGAUUUACAUACAAUCAUUGUAAUUUUUAAUAUACAUAUAAUAUUUAGUUAUAGCCAAACGGUGGUUUUUCAUAUUGUUUAUUUAUUUCUUUAUAAAAUGAGAAACAGUGUCACGUAAUACUAUAAUAAAUCAUAUAAUUCAAUAAUGUUUUAAAUCACAUAAAUAUGAAACUGUGUGAACAAAUCUGUGACUCAUUAUACACAUGAAGUAUGUACUGGAAUUAUAUAAAAAAGGAUUCACUCAUUUCGCUCGUGUUCUCUGAUUGAUAAUUGUAAUAAACUCGAGUUAGGAGUAAUAAUUGAAACGAAAAUCGGCGUUGAUUUUCAACCAAUGGGAAAAAGAAUCGCUAAUCAACCGUUGAAAGGAAACUGUACGCAGUCACACCUGCGUACUACAGAUAAUUCACGGUUGACCUGUAGAUUAUACUAUAAAAAAUUUGAAUUAUAGUUGUUCUCGUGCGGUAGGGUAAUAAAUUAUCAAGCCUACUUCUCUGCGAUUAUUGUAUAACGAAUCUCGCUUCAGUUUGUUAGAAUAUUUUUACUGUAAAAUAUAUAUAUUCGUGGAGCUUGACGUUGUUAAAUUCUGAAAUAAGUCUCCUACGCUCGAUUAUCGACGUUAACGUAGAAUAUUACAGAUAUAUCUGUAUGUAGUUAUUUAUUUAUUUAUAUUUAUGAAGAAGAGUAUAUGAGACAUUGGUAACAGAUUGCAUUAAAAGGUAGCAAUAAGUUAAAGAAAAAGAUACAACAUUAUUUCUAAUUCAAUAAAAAAUUGAUGACAUAUAAAUGAUAGGGACAAUUGUUUCAUCACGUUCCUGCCUGUUUUUCACAUUUGUCUAUCUGAAAUUGAUUUCCAGAUAACAAAAUUAUACAAGUUGUUUGCGACGAAAUCUGUUAAUUUAAUAUAAGAAUAAUGGAUCGUUCAGUAGAUCAGGAUAUUUUCUUGCGCCACCUCUGAAUGUGACUCAAUUACAAUAGUUAUCUAAUUAAUGUAGGCGUAUGAUGAAACGCUGAGCUUAAUGACGUGCUUGUCGAUCGACGAGCUUCUCGUUCGCAUUAAUUAUGAAUUCUCCGGAUCCGUGUGCACCGCCGUAUAAAUGCGAUCAGGUAUGCACGUGUGUCUCUACGCGCAUUGCUGCCGUGAGCUGCCGGUAAUUAUUCGACGCACAGUACGUCGCGGGAAUAAAUUCGUAGAUAGAGAUACCUUCGAUGUAUUCGCGAUUCACUGGUGUGGUUGUCAAGCUAUCAUAUUUUUUUUUUAGAACGAGGUAUUGAAUUAUGAAGUAGUGAACUUUGUUUGAGAAACGUGACGAGUAUGCAUUUUGGCCGACGUUUAUUUGUAAGUAUGGGUGUUCUGAGGAACCGUGUCGACGAUGUGAAAUUGUAUUUUUUUUUACGUCCGCCAUGUAAAUAUUGAAAUAAAUGUUGGACAGUGAAUUUCUCGGAGAACGAA